CUGUUGCUGGUUGCUAACAAGAGCUAGAAAAGUGCUUCGUUCUCAUUAACUUUAUAUGUAAUGGUCGAAAUGACAGUGCGAACUGAGGCUAGGCCAAUUGACUGAUUCCAGAUCACCUACUGCCAUUUCAACAAACUGCGCUGCUAAGAGAAGACAGCUCGAUGUAUCACAAAGAGAAAAGCAUCCAGAUCAAAAACAGCGCCUCGGCGCUGUACAACAACCUCGGCGUGCUACGCAUCGCCCCACGGCGCCUCACCUACUUCACCGUGGUCCAUGCUAACGUGGUUAACAUGGUCAGCGCGUCCUGGGAUGGCCUCAACUAUUCCCACCGUCAGCUUCAGUCCAAGGAGCCCAAUGUCGCCACAAGCACAUCGCUCAUCAUGCAGGCUGCAUUUUGUCCUCUGCCCUCUCGUGAACUGCUGGUGGUGACCUCUCAGAAAGGCAUUCAGAUGUAUGAAUCUGAUGGCUCCAUCAUGGUGUACUGGCAUGCACUGGAUACUCCGGAAACACCUACAGCUCAGGCCAUCUUUGCUCGGGGGAUAUCAUCAGUGAAGGAGAGUUAUAUAUGUGUUGGUGUUUCAUCUGGUGCGAUUCUAGUAUUUGAUGUUCCCAGUAAAGGCAGUAAUAUUACCCUGUCUGAGGUCCUGGAGGAGCACAAGGAGUCCAUCACUGACAUGGCCUCGGAGUGCUCUGGCAGCCAGGAGUGCAUAGCUGAUUUGGUCAGUGCAGAUGAUGGGGGCAACCUGUGUGUGUGGAAGUCUGGGGAGGAGUUUCAGCUGCUCAACAACAUCCCUGGCUUUGAUAUGAGCUGCUCAUCUGUUAAGUUGUGGAAAGGUACGGUGGUGGCAGGUUACGGCACAGGCCAGAUUCGUCUUUAUGAGGCAGUGACGGGAAUCCUGCAUGCUGAGCUCAACGCCCACGCACGAUGGAUAUACUCACUGGACAUUGCUCCUUUUUCUGGGCUGCUUCUGUCUGCUGCUGAGGACUCUUUGGUCAGGGUGUGGCACCUGACACUGACUCCAGAGACCAACAGCGUGGAGGUUGCCCAUUUGCACAAUGAGUGUGUGACAGACACUCAGAUAUGUGGCGCCAAGUUCUGUGAUGGCGAUGGUUAUGCCUUUGCAGUGACAGGCUAUGACCUGAGUGAGAUUAUCCGCUACACACAGACGUAGGACUUUGCUUUCAUUUAAGCUAAGUAUAUGAUUUGACUUUGAUAUAUUAGAGUGUUUCUGGAACAAUAACAUGAGCCAGAGGGAAAACAAUCAAAAGUGGACAGAUUAGGAUCAGGUUGAGAUUCUGCCAGGACGGGGGUAUUUAACAUAAUCAUGCUUCAUGGCAUUUCUGUCUCUAUAUCUGCAAAGGCUAGAUGGAGAUUACCACAUAACAAAAAAAAGUAAUGCGUUAAAGUUUCUAUAUAUAAAGUACAAAUGUUUAUAUAUAUGUGAAUGUAGCUUUAAAAUUAAUAACAUAUUCUUUUAUUCUCUCUGACUUAAAUAUGGUUUAAAGAAGCUGUACCAAUAAACGUUUUUGUAAAGAAAACUGCUCUGGGUUUUAAUUUUGCACUUCACAAAUGCACCAGUAGAUGGGGCUGUUGG